UGCUGAGGCGGGGAGAGGCCGGGUCCAGGGGCAGCCCUGGCCUGGUUCCGUCCCUGCCCCGCCAUUUGACACCUCCCACCCCCUUCACUUGUCACUCCCGGGCAUGGGCGGGGGCUUGGUCCUUCUCCCCUUUGCCUACCUCAGCCGCUCAGCUUUAUUGCGGGAAUAAAGUACUCCACAGAGCUAACCCCACCCACAUUGUGCGGAAAGAGGAGGCUCAAUAGCGAUCUGAUAAAUCUCUCAGCAGCGCCCCCCCCCGCCCCCAUGCCCAUUCCCAUUCCCCAUGCUCUAAAUCCAAAGCAAAGCGACCCAAACGCUGCUCCUGUGGGCUGGAGGUUGCUCUGGGCGGUGGCCAGCUAGGGGCAGUUUUCUCCAGUGUAGGAGGAUCUGGGGAAAGAAAUAGAUGGGGUGAAAUCAUAUAGUCGGGGCAAACUGAACAGUUGUUUGAACUGUAUUUAUUUGAAGGGCAUCCGCAACCUGCCUUCCAUCACUGAACCCUGCUGACAGUCUGUAAACAGCCUGUGCCACCUUGGAGGUCCAGUGGGGCAGAGCUUUCCUCUUUGCAAGUGACUCAUGAACAAACUAAGCUGCUGAGCUGGGACAGUUAACAAAAUAAGAUGAAUGACACAAGACACCAGUCGCUGUUCUUCGUCAGUCUGCCUGAGUUACAAAAACUCUGUGCCGUUAAGGUUACACUGAGUUCUAAAUUGGCAGAAAAUGAGAUUAGGAAUACACAGAUGAAGAUUUGCAGGCAAUUGUUAUUUCUUCAUCAAGACGUCCUUUCCUCACCUGUCCCUGGAACACUGAAUCAAAUUUCAGUUGUAAUGGCGAUAUCUUUUUACAAAACAGGAAAAUGUCAGGCUUAUGUAGAGAAACAUGGAGCUACAAUUGAGGCUCCAGAGAGAGUUGGCCCAGCCAUCCUUCAACCAUGUCUCUGUUACACACUUAUAACCCGACUUGCCCCCAGCUGGAAUAAGGCUGGUCAUCUGUUGGUACAAGGAAGCAAUUUUUUGUCUCAUAUGGGAAGGCAAAAUGCUGUUGUCAUGGACCUCAAUGUAUCAGAGACUCAACUUUGCAUCAGUGUAGAGGUUUGCACAAUUCGACUACCGCCACCCAAGCUGGAAGACUUUGACAUUUCAGCAAACAUCUUAGAAAUAUUUGACAACAAUAAAAAUACAGUCAUUCAGAGACACUCCAUUUUAAGUAACUGGUGCUAUGUCUUGCCAAGCAUGAAAAUGGGUCAGAUCAUAAGUAUUAGCCAUAUAAUUCCACCAGAGUCUCCUUUUCAUUCAUACAAAGACUUUCAGAUGCACUGGAAGAAUCUGUAUGGGUAUAUCCUUCCAGAGGAUCAUGAAGAGACAAAAAUAUAUUGCAGUGUUUACUUCAAACUGAUAGGGGAACGGCUCUUUACGUACCCUUUAAGUUGCAUAAGAAGCCAACCAGUCCAAUAUUUUAAUAGAAUAGAUUUAGAAGGUGUGUUAAACUCUUUUCUUUCUGACCUAAAGUCUAAACUUCCUCAUCUAUGUGGAUUUCCAGUAAAAAUGACAAGUAAAGCAUUGUAUGCCACAAAGGAACUCAUCAAACAUCCCAUGCAUGGAGUAAAUGCCAAGCCUGCAAAUCUGACUGGCAAACCGAUAUGCAAGGUAUCUCUGACUCAAGCACCUCCAAGGAGAGAGACUUUGCAGCAGACUUCUUCAAAAGGCAGUUCAAGAAUUAGCCACAGGAUGGAGCUUUUGAUCACUCAGCCAAAACAAUGUAUUUUCUCAAAUCUCAUUCCGUGUCCAGAGGAUUCUGUUGCUGAGGCCAUGAAGAAAACAGUACAUAGUAGACAGCAGCAGCAGACUCCAGGCGCAUCAGGGGUACCAGGUCACUCAAAUGAAUCCUUAAGACUGUCUAAGAAUUCAUCUGUGGAUUCUCAAAGGAACAAUGCCACUAGAAUUAUACCUAUUUUCAAAGGAAAGUUGUUGCAAAUGGAUGUAAAGGCCACAAGAGCCAAUGAAGGAAAGAAAAAAGUGAGUGUUUUACAGCAUUCUCCAAAAGUAGUUAGAGAUGUCACCAUGUCUAAAUUAACUGUAUGCAACCCCAGUGUAAAUCAGGUAUACAAACCUGUCCAAAUUGUGUCAUUCAAAAAUCCUACUAAUGGCACUGUUGCUCAGAGAAUGACUGGGAAAACAAGUGUAAAAAGUGGUAGACCUAUAUGUGACCAGAAAAAAGAAACUAGUAAGCAGCUGACAAAUUCUGCUUUUUCUAAUAGCCCAUCUUCAGGUAGGAAUUCAAGUAGAGGCAAACCUGAGAAGCUAAAUUAUUCUUCAUUAUCUGCUCAUGACAAAUCAGUGCUUCAGAUAUCAAAUGCCAAUCUAGGUUUGAAAAAACCUGCACUACUCAGUUCUACUACAAAAAAGGGGGGAAAGUUAUCAAAUCAAAACACCACAAAAAUACUUGGGGAAAGUCACAGUUCAAAGAAGGUACAUAUACAGAUUUCUGAGUCAGACAAAGAAACCAGCAUAUCGCAGCAUCAAAGAAGAAAGAGCCCAACUGAAGGAGCAGGGUUAAAUAUUCUCAGAUUGGUUUUAAACAGUACAGUGCACAGAGCCAAAAGAGAAGAACAUCAACAAUCAUUAAUACCAUCAAAGGAGUAUAUCACCAAGACAACCAAUCACCAUUCACAAGUCAGCUAUGAGCAGAUGUUGACAGUGAAUGAUCCCUUGCACUGUGAAGCAGUGACCUCAAAACAGAUUUACUCAAAGAUGGAGACCCAUUUGAAAACAACUUCAAAGAAAAGUUGUGGCAAAAGAAGCAGGAAGAAGGAGGUUAUUCAAAGUCAAAGAAAUCCAAAACAAGUAAGCCUGCUAUCUAGAAUGUGGAUGUAGAGGAGCAUAGAAAGAAAAAUCAGAAAGGGGAUAGUUUUUCUGCUGAUUAGGAGCCAACAUCCAUAACCUCCAGUAUCUGUCACAGAAAAUCAGACGUUUGAUUUUCUUCUCACUUUUUUUGUUUUUGGAAAUCGGGAGUAUCUCCACUGAAGUCAACAGAGUUACACUGGUGUAAGACCAGUGUGAGAGGAGCAUCAAGUACAGUAUUUAAUAAAUCUUGUCCACUAUAUAUAAUAUCACCUUCUCUUGAGAGCGGGGACUCAGGCCUUUCCUUGGGACAAUAGGAGAAGUUAAAGAUUAAGAGUUAAAUUUAACUAAUGUUGUUGACUUUUUAUAGUUUACAUAAAACCUGUAUGACCAAAAUUUUUAAUAAUGGUUUAUAGACCAUUUCAGCCACUUUCAAUUCAUUUUCUAAGGUACAAAUUAAAUUGGGAGCUAUUCAGUAUUCCACUUAGUCUUUUAUAGAAGGAAGUGAAUUGCAAUGGUUUUCUGAGUCAUAUAACUGAUGCUGAAAAGAAAGUUGGGCUUGUAGGGUAGGUCAGGAGAGGUGCAGAAGGUUCUUAACAGAAG